UUUUUUCUUCUCUUUAGAUUCUCUCCAUUUCAAAUUUCCUUCUGUUUCUUAGCCUUUCCCUAACUUUCUCAGUUCACAAACAAAGCCGCCAUGACUGGAAAUCCUAACAUCCUGGUACCAGAUAGUGUCGGUACUAGCGAGACACUUUCUUCCAGUAUCCAAAAUCAAAGAAAACGGAUAGCGAUGACUAAUGCAUCGCAUUUCCAGACCUUUGAAGAAAGGUUUCUUCUUCCAGAUUAGUCGUUCUUCUUCAAGAUUUCAGGCGAUAAUUGACCGAAUCCAGAAAAAUGGUCUAGGUGCGAUCUGAGUUGGAGGAGGCCAGAACUGACUCGACAUCGGCUCAAGAGGUUCAAGGGAAAAAAAAAAAAAAAAAAAAAUUGACGAGCUCUGGCAUCAACGCUUACUCGUAUCGAGAUGAUUCGCUCUCUCCAACCCCGAGAAGAGAAGAAAAGCGUGGAAAAUGGUGUCAGGGAACAGAAUUUGCAGUUCAGAAAGAUCAUCAACAGCAAGCAAUGAAUUUGAUGGAAACAGUACUAAUUUCAACAAUGAUAAUGAUACUAAUAGUAAUUUCACAGUGCUGCUUGUGGAUGCGGAUAGUAUUAUGAGAGCAAUCCACAAGCUGAUGCUCACAGAGCAUGGAGUGGAAGUUGAAGAAGCUUUCAAUGGAAAAGAAGCCGUUGACCUUCAUUGUGUUGGGCUUUCAUAUAAUCUGAUUCUUAUGAACUUGGAAAUGCCUGUCAUGAAUGGCUAUGAGGCUACAAAGGAGCUACGAGACAUGGGCGUCUACUCUGCUAUUGUUGGAGUAGUAUCAAGAAAUGAGGAGGCUCAACACUUCAUGGAAGCGGGCUUGGAUGGCUGUGUCUCUAAGCCGUUGAGCAUUGAGAAGCUGGCUCCUUUCCUUCCAUUUCCAUCCACAGCUUCCACUGGCGAAAGCGAUGAUGACUAUGAUGAGGAAGAUUGGCAAAGCAGCACCAGCAGCAAUGGCAGCUAAUCAUAUGUCUAUUUCUCAAGGGAGAAUAUUUACCAAUUUUUCUGUAUCCACUUCAACAAAGUUUGUUGCUUUUUUGGUCUAUAUGUUUAUGUAUGUUAGUUUGUUAAUAUCCUGAGAUUUGUAAUCCAUAAUAAAUAUUUGGUAUUAUUAAAAUAGUCUGAGACGUCCUUUGUGCACGUUACUA